UGAACAAGCAGUACUGUCUGUUUUCACGUUGUUAAUAAAAUGGUAUCCGUGUUUUCCUUUGUAUUAAGUGGGCUAUGUUUGGAUUUAAUUAAUUAUGGAUUAGCGUUAACAAUGCUCACCGGAGGAAAAUCUCAUCUUGAAAUUCAGGAGCAGAAUGUAUCUAUUUCUAUUACCAUUGGAAAUUUGGCAACGAGUUUCAACUCGAAGCUGCAGGUCCAGAACACCGGCAGACAAAACAUUACCACGACCAGUUCGCCUACCACCCAGACUUCCACCCGCUCGACGACAAGGAGUUUGAGUCAAAAGCUACAUUUCCAAAACACUGGGAAACUACGCACCACGACCACUACGAAAAGCCCUUCGAAAGUCCGCGUAGACCAUUCGGGUAGCCACUCUGGAUUUCGCGACCUAAGGCAUCCUAUUCAAAAUUUCAAUAUUCCUCCCGAAAAAAUCAACAAAUUUCCAUCACCAUUAGCAAGAUUGAUGGCAUCCUUGAAUAAUUCUCCUUUAACUGACAUCUGGACGGUACCUUUAGAACAGCCUAAUACAAGAUUAAGGAAGAAACGCCAGUUAGAAAACGCAUCAAUUUCCAUUCCCGAAACGCGACUUGUCUGUCCACUUGAACCGCCGUGCGACCUGAGCCCUUUUCAAGCCUUCCUGCCGCAUGAAGAAAUGGUACUUGGUUUCAAAAACGGGAAGAUUCACAUGCUAUCGCCCAAUGGUGAAAUCUUAAUACCACGACCUGUUCCUGUUGAAACGAUUUUUCCAGACGCGACCUCCAACGUAACAGCCGCACUGAAAAUCAAAAACCAAAUUUACUUAUUUUUCGGGACAACCUACAUGAAGUACAGACCUAUCCGUCGCCCGCCGAUUUACCCACGACCAGUGCCCGUGCCGACCGGAUUCCACGGCGUUCCUGUGCCGGUGGAUGCUGCCUUUCAACUGAACGCGCAUACAUAUGUGUUUGUCAGUGGACCAAGUUUUGUAUUUUAUCAGCCGGAUGCCAAUCCACCUGUUAAUCCAGCCUAUAGUCCCAAUGUGCUGUCCAACAUUUUCGGUGGGCCGUCGCUAAUCGAUACUGCUUUUAACACUCCUGAUGGAAGAAGGUUCUUUUUGGCGGAAAAGACGCUUUACGAAAUUAACGACAAAAUGCAGGUCAUAAAAACGCAACCGUUCAGGAAAGGGAUGGAUAGGAUUGGUUGGCUGGAUUGUUCAGUUGGUGUUCCACUUGGUUGCAACGCAGAGGGUUUGCCCAUUCCGGACACUUCACACGAAACACACUCCCUCCUUUCAAACGAAACUUCAAAGGAGCAGAAACCACAUUUUUUGGAAAAUAAACCGACUGAUCAAACCACCACACCUAGUGAACUACCUAAGUUAUCGUCGGAAACGGUGGGACAUUCCUUCAUCGGAUCCGACGCCGGCGGUGCAGAAGGGAAGCAUUUCUCCCGGCGCCACCGCACUGACGACCGUUUCGUCCACCUUCAGUGCCCCAGUAGCUGUCACCGUGACCACGGAGCCAUCGACAACACUAACACCACCAACAGAUGCUCCAUCAACGCCACGCGAUGACUCGCCAUCAGUCAAUACACACCGGUCAACCGAGCACACCACAACGAUGACCUUUGGCAGUGCCACGCUAGAUGGCAGUCCGUUGACGACGGCGACAGGUGGAUUUACUGUAAGCGCAGCUAACACCUUCGGCGGACUGGACGAUCAAUUACCAACACAAAGUGUUUUGUUGGAGCGACUGGAAAAGCAUGAAAUUGUGCUUCAACAGUUGGUUGACAAAUUGAACGAACUGGCUCGUGCACUGUCAGUGCUGCCAUUACAAAUUCAUCAUGCUCAGAGCGGUCUCCCCAUUGCUACCGAUAGAAUGCAGCGACUCUGACAAUCUUGCGGAAAGUAUCAGCAAUUUUUCCGUAUUAAUUUAAAUUUACUAAUUAUUUGUACGUGCAUAAGCACGUUUUUUGUGAUGAUGAUGUUAGAGAAUAUUAGCGCUACACUCACCGCCGCUCGAAGGACGCAGUGCAUGUGAAAAUAUAAGUAAUUACAUAUUUCUAAUAAUUUAUUUCUUUUGUUGCGUUGCCCCGCUGGAUCGUUUUGCCUUAUCGUGCAUUUG